AUGAGAAUCAGUAUUUUAAAAUAUGUUUUUUUUUCAAUUAUUAUUUCCCUUUUUGAAUAUGCCAAAAAUGAAUUAUACUAUGUAAAUGAGAGAAGCAUAUGCCUUGAAAGGAAUAUAACAAAUUUUAGAAAUAAUAGGAUAUUAGCAGAUGCAGAUAAUCGAUUCGAUUUAAAUGAUUUUUAUCAAUCCACUUUGAGUCUUAUGAAUCAAUUUAAUGAUUACAUUGAUGAUGACAAAGAAAUAACAUAUCUUCAAAAUACUAUAGAUUCACAAAUAAAGAUGCGUAAAGAAAAUAAUACAUUACCUGAUUUAAAUAAUUUAGAUAAGAAAACUAAAAAAUUAAUUGAUGAACUUCGAAAAGAAUUAGAAGAAGUAAAAAAAGAGAUUGAUAAUAAAAGUGAUGGUGAAUUAGCAAUACAGCCGAUAUAUGACAAAAGAAUAAUAAAAAAAGAUGAAAAUAAUUAUGUAUCAGAGUAUGAAAAUUUUGGACGAUUGGAAAAUUAUGAAAAUGUUUUGGGGAGUGAAUAUGAUAAUUUUGAAGAUAAAUAUAAUGAAGUUACAUCAAGUAAUGAUUAUAAGAGAUUAAAAAUUGAUCGAACGUUAACAAAACAUAAAAAAAAACUAUUUAAGAAGAUGCUGAUAUUUAUGGGAUCCCAAUUUUUGAUAAUUAUAUCAGGAGCGUGGUACUUAACAUUUUUAUUUAUACCGCAAAUGAUUUCUAUAAUUAAGAAAUGGUGGAAAAUCAUAAAAUUAAGCAAUAAACUAGAAAAGGAAUCAGUAUAA